GAAGCAUCUGCGGCUCGCGCUGUGGCAGCUGUCCUCGAGCACUCGGCAGGCGCUGGGCAACGGAGAGAGUCUCCUUUGGAGGAGGAUCUGGGAACCUGGAAAAAAGGGACAAUGGCUACCAACAUGGGGUCCAUGCGUAUCCUCAUCAAGGGAGGGAAAGUGGUCAACGACGACUUCACCCAGGAAGCAGAUGUCUACAUUGAGAACGGCAUCAUUCAGCAGGUUGGAAAAGAACUGAUGAUACCAGGUGGCGCCAAGGUGAUUGACGCCUCCGGAAAGCUGGUGUUGCCGGGCGGAAUAGACACCAGCGUGCAUCUGCAGCAGACUUUCAUGAACGCCACCAUCCAGGAUGACUUCUACAGCGGGACCAAGGCUGCUCUGAUGGGUGGUACCACCAUGGUGAUGGCAAUGGUCCUGCCUGAACAACACUGCUCCCUGCUGGACGCCUACGAGCAGUGCCGAGCUCUGGCCGACGCCAAGACGUGCUGCGACUACGCUCUGCAUGUCGGGGUGACCUGGUGGGGACCAAAGGUGCGUAACGAGAUGGAGACCCUGGUGAGGGAACAUGGGGUCAACUCCUUCCAGAUGUUCAUGGCCUACAAGGACAUGAUGAUGCUGAGGGACUCUGAGCUGUACCAGACACUGCAGACCUGUAAGGACAUUGGGGCCAUCGCACGCGUCCAUGCCGAGAAUGGAGAGCUGGUGGCAGAGGGUGCCAAAGAGGCUCUGGAUUUGGGAAUCAGUGGACCGGAAGGUAUUGAGGUCAGCCGACCAGAGGAGCUGGAGUCUGAGGCGACUCACAGAGCCGUCACCAUCGCCAACAGGGCUCACUGCCCAAUCUACCUGGUCAAUGUAUCCAGUAUGCCUGCUGGAGACAUGAUUGCUGCUGCAAAGAUGCAGGGUAAGGUGGUCCAUGCAGAGACCACAGUGGCUCACGCUGUGUUGAACGGGAUGCAGUAUUACCACCAGGACUGGGCUCACGCUGCCGCCCACGUCCUCGUCCCUCCUCUCCGCCUUGACCCCAACACACCCAACUACCUCAUGGGCCUGUUGGGCAAUGACACUCUGAGCGUUGUGGCAUCAGAGCACCGUCCAUUUAGCACCAAGCAGAGAGCUUUGGGCAAGGAGGACUUCACCAAGAUCCCUCACGGAGUGUCUGGAGUCCAGGACAGGAUGAGUGUCAUCUGGGAGAGGGGAGUGGUUACAGGAAAGAUGGAUGAGAAUCGUUUCGUGGCAGUGACGAGCUCUAACGCCGCCAAGAUCUACAACCUGUACCCACGCAAGGGUCGCAUCAUCGCCGGGGCCGACGCUGACGUGGUGGUGUGGGAUCCAGACGCAACAAGGACGAUCUCUGUGAGCACUCAGGUGCAGGGUGGAGACUUCAACCUGUAUGAGGGGCUGCGCUGCCACGGUGUCCCUCUGGUCACCAUCAGCCGAGGACGUCUGGUGUGUGAGAACGGUGUGUUCAUGUGCGCCGAGGGUUCUGGAAAAUUCUACCCACAGCGCACCUUCCCUGACUACCUCUACAAGAAGAUGGUGCAGAGAGAAAAGACUCAGGCUUAUAAAAAGGUUGCCAGGGAUCCCUACUCUGGUGACGUGGUCAAGGUGGCAAACACCAUGAAGAAGGAGCUCGGUUUGGGCCCCAUUGAUGGAGAUAACCCCAACAAACCCUGUGCUCGGGCACACCAGGGGGUCCGAGACCUCCAUGAGUCCUCCUUUAGCCUCUCAGGAUCUCAGGUUGACGACCACAUCCCGAAGAGGUCCUCGGCUCGGAUCCUGGCCCCACCCGGCGGGCGCUCCAGUGGCAUCUGGUAAACUCCCGUCCCGGAGCUUCAACCUUCCGAGCCUCCAUGUUUUCUAUGUUUCUGAGCAACCAGGAAAACUGCACUGAUUUUCAAACACAGGAUUAAAGUUAAGAAGGGAAAACAAAUUAAUAAAGCAUGUGUCUGUGAUUGGUGACGACCUAACUGAUGAUCAGUGAUUUGCCAAAGUGACUUUUACAAGAACUAAUUUGUGUCUUAAUUGGAGUGACUGACCUGAUUAACUACACGAUGAGUGAAGGGCUACGUAUGAAUUCAAAUGUUUUUUCCAAAUUCAAGCUGAUCACACUAACAUUGACAAAGUUUGCUCAUUAUCACACUGCUCGUAUCCCGCGAAGAAUCACAAACUAAACAAACUGUGAAAGAUCAAAACCAGUACAGUUUUUGAUGGUUUGAACUGAAGUGAUGUCGACUGAAUUAUUUAAAAAUAGUAGAACCGGAUUCAGUGAAGUAUCUAUUCCCCCCUGUCACACACAAAUGCAGUACACUGUAGACACCAUAGACUCAUAUGAAGAUGUGUGUGGAUUCUCUUUGUGAUUUAAAUCACCCGCUGUGCUCGGCUUCCUGCUGCAUCGUGGGUCCCUCUAACAGUGUUUUUGUUUCCAAUGGAUGAACCGUGCUGUGUGGUGAUGAAAUCCAACUGCUUCAAACACCCUGCUCUCAAUAGAGUCAGACUUGACCCCCACCUAUCCUUACACUUUCACCGCUCCUGACUUACAAACACACGUCACAGAAACAUCCCAGCCUCACCUGCAAUGAAGCAGAGUCUAUAGUCUUGUACUAUAUAGUUAUAGAAGUACACAACCUGUGGGCUCUCCUGGGAUCAGAUAAAUGUAGGCAUCACUGUCAUAGAAACUUCAUUAUCUCAGUCAUAUCUGUAGGCCUUACAAAGUGAUAGAAGAGAGAGUAACCGAAAGAAUUUAGAUGAAGUAGCAUCUGCCGGAUUGCAUUUUGAGAGUAAACUUCCUGUUCCAAUAGGAAAAUAAAAGGGGGGGUUUGUUAUUAGAGCGGUGUCUCUACAGAGCAGGAAGAUUGAGCUGCACAGGCUGAAGAAAACCACUGAUCCUCUCACCUCCUUAUGAUGUCUCAUUCCUGCCUAGCAGUAUUAUAUUUAUUCAUGAACACGUCUUCUUCUUGUCUGUGUACUGUAUAUUUAGGAUGUUUUUGUUUUAUUAGUUGAAAGAAUAAAUGUGCCAAUGUGAAUCACCCGUGCCACACACACACACACACACACACACACACACACACACCGACACCCGUGCAUGAAGAGCACCACAUGGAGACGGAGGAGUCAGAUCUGUCUGGAACGCCACAGGUUCACAACAACUGGUGCUGUUUUUUUACGAUUAUCUACGAUGAUAUGAUUUUAUUGUUGGAUGGUUUUGUGGUUUUGAAGGCACUGUGACUGGUCAGUGGCUGUGUGUGUUUGUAGAUUCUUGUUGUGUUGGACAGUGAACCUGUUGAAUCUGUAAGUGGCUGUUUCUUACCACGAAUAAUGGCAAAAGAAUAAAGUGAAAAAAUAACCUUC